GCCGCCGCCGCCGCCAUGGGCUCCCCGCAGCGCCCGCCGCUCGCCCACGUCUUCAGGGGGACCUUCGUGCACUCCAGCCGCUCCGCGCCCAUGGAGAUCCUCCACGGACACCUGCUGGGGGUGGACGAUAGCGGGACGAUUGUGUUUUUGGAACAAACUGAUCAGCAAGAGCAACUGGCUAAGAAGUGGGGGUUCAAAACGUCUGACAUAAGAGAACUGAGUAACCAUGAAUUCUUCAUGCCAGGAAUGGUUGAUACACACAUUCAUGCACCUCAGUAUUCAUUUGCUGGUACAAGAGUAGAUCUUCCUCUUUUGCACUGGUUGACUAACUACACAUUCCCAACAGAAGCCAAAUACAAAGACAGCGAUUUUGCAGAAGAAGUGUACACCAGAGUUGUUAGACGAACUCUAAAAAAUGGCACGACUACAGCUUGCUACUUUGCAACAAUUUACACAGAUACUUCUCUUCUUCUUGCUGAAAUUAUAGAUAAAUUUGGUCAACGAGCAUUUGUUGGAAAAGUCUGCAUGGAUAUGAAUGACACUGUGCCACAAUACAAAGAGACUACUGCAGACUCUGUCCAAGAGACAGAAAGGUUUGUUAAAGAACUACUGGGAAAGAAAUAUCCAAGGGUACAGCCUGUAGUAACCCCCCGCUUUGGCCCUUCGUGCACAGAGGAUUUGCUGUGUGCACUUGGCGAUUUAGCACAGGCUCAUGAUCUCCAGGUGCAGAGUCACAUAAGUGAGAAUGAAGAAGAACUCAAACUUGUCAAGAACAUGUUUCCUGCCUACCAGAAUUACACUGAAUUGUAUGAUAAAAACAAGCUGCUUACCAGCAAGACGGUUAUGGCUCAUGCCUGUUACCUUUCUGAAGAAGAGCUGAAACUUUUUAGUCUUCGUGGAGCUGCAAUUUCACAUUGCCCCAAUUCUAAUUUUUCGUUGUGCAGUGGUGUUUUAAAUGUGCAAAAGGUCCUGAAACACAAUGUGAAGCUUGGCCUUGGCACAGAUGUUGCCGGUGGAUAUUCAGCUUCUAUGCUUGAUGCCAUCAGGAAAACAAUGAUGGCAUCUAAUAGCCUUCAGAUCAAUAAAGUGAAUGAAAGAGCACUAACUCUUAAAGAAGCUUUUCAACUAGCCACCCUGGGAGGAAGCCAAGCUCUAGGACUAGAUGACGUGAUUGGAAAUUUUGAGGUCGGCAAAGAAUUUGAUGCACUGCUAAUCAACACGAAGGCUUCAGACAGCCCUUUUGACUUGUUCUCUGCUGACAGUUUUGAGGACACUCUCCAGAAGUUCCUGUAUCUAGGUGAUGAUCGGAAUAUUUCUGAAGUCUACGUGGCUGGAAAGCAAGUGGUUCCUUUUUCAAGUUCAGUAUAA